AUGUUUCUGUGAAGACGGAAUUGGUGAGGUAUCGCUGUCUGCCAAGUGCAUGGUUUCUGUUUCCAAUUCGUCGCUGGGCAGGACAGAGAGCCUCGUCACAAUGACCACCAAGUCUCCUCCGCCUUUAAUGAAGAAGCACAGCCAGUCGGACCUGGUAAGCCGACUGAAGACGCGCAAGAUUCUCGGAGUGGGAGGGGAAGAUGAUGAUGGUGAAGUGCACAGGUCUAAGAUCAGUCAAGUCCUAGGGAACGAAAUCAAAUUUGCAGUCAGGGAGCCUCUGGGACUAAGAGUGUGGCAGUUUCUCUCCGCUGUGAUCUUCACAGGAAUCGCCGUCAUGCUGCUUAUUGUUCUGGAUAUGUUUCUGUAUUUCUAA